AUGUUCCCAGCGAUUCCCGACCUCCAGCACCUGCAGUUCCACCCCGGGAAGCUGGAGGUCUCUGCUCCUCCACGGGCCACUGUGGAUGCUCCAGUCACCCUAGAGGAGGUAUCCUCGGAGGCCACUGUCUCUGCCACCAGGCCAGUCGCUGCGGUCCGUCCGCGCAGCGUCGCAAGCCUUCCCCGCGGCCCCGCCGCCGCCGGGCCGCCCUUCCUGCUGCGGGCGGCGCACCCGGACUCCGGGAAGGUGCCGCGCGGGGAAACGUGGCACCGUCUCCAGCCCGCGCCCCGGGCGCUGCCGCGCGGCGCGAGAGACCCCUCGGGGAGCCGAGCCGGGAGGGCGGCGCGGCGGCCGCGCACGGGCCCGCGGGGAAAGCCGUCCGCAGCGCCGGCGCCCGCCCGGGGACGGGAAGUGGCGCCCGGCCCGCCCUCGCGGCCCGCGGCCCCGCAGCCCCGCGCCGCCCCCUUUCUCUCGGCCUCUCCCUCGGCCUCCGCCACCCCGGCCGAAUUCUUGCAUAAAUUAUGCCAGGCGCGCCUGACGUCAGGUGGCGGCGCGCGGGCGCGGCGCGGCGCGGAGGGAGCCGGCGGCGGGCGGGCGCGGCCCCGCGGCCUCGGGCGCGCGCGGCGUGCCGGGCGCGCGCAGGCGCUGGCGUGCAGGGGCCGCGGCGGCGGCGGCGGCGGCGGCGGCGGCAGCGGUGGCGGCGGCGGCGGCGCGGGGGUUGAGCCGCGGUAG